CACCCGUCGACGCCGGCCUCUCUCGCUCGCUCGGAGAGACGGAGGAGCCCGCCGGCGGCCGGAGGGCGUCGCUAAACCAAUAAUAAAGCCAUCUAGCUUGAUAAUAUAUAUAACAUAUAUACAACUAUCUACUAAUCCAUGGGUAAGGGCGGUAAGCGCAGCGUGCCUCGGUACCCCGAGGACGAGGACAAGGGCGGCGGCUGCUGCGGGUGCCUGUGCUGGUGCUGCUGCUUCCUGUUCCUGAUCGUGGCGGCGCUGUCCGGCACGGCGGCCUACUUCUUCUUCGUGUACAAGCCCAAGGCGCCGUCCUACUCGGUGAACAACAUGUCGGUGUCGCGGUUCGACUUCAGCUCCUCCGACCUCACGCUAUACGUGAAGCUCACCGCCUCGGUGCGCGCCGAGAACCCCAACGAAAUGAUCGGCAUCAAGUACGGCGAGGGAUCCCACACCGUCGUCUCCUACCGCGGCACGCCGCUGUGCUCGGGGAAGCUCCCGGCCUUCUACCAGGGCUAUAAGAACGUCACCGUCAUGGACAUCUCCAUGGAGGGCCGGCACGGCUUCGGCUCCGGCCUGCAGCAGGCGCUGGAGGAGAGCGAGAAGCUCGGGGACAUCCCGCUCGACAUCUUCGUCAGCGUCCCCGUCGAGCUGCGCCUCGGCACCGUCGACCUACGGGAGGUCAGGGUCAACGUCCACUGCGCGCUCGUCCUCGACAGCGUCUCGCCUAAGAAGAAGCCCAACAUCAAGUCCGCAACCUACCAGGCCAACGUAGAGUUCUAAUCUAAUUAACUAACUUGGUAUAUGCAUUAUAUUCCAGUUGGUGAUUAAUUAUAUUAACCGAGGGCGC